AUGGUUAUUUUGCAAUAUGUUACACACACCCCACAGAUUUGCCAAAUAGGGGGUAGGUUGGGGGGGGGAGGGGAGAGGGAUCCUGCUCCGCUAUUCCACAUUUAACCACCAGAGGUCAAUCUUGCCCCACACACAAACAUACCGAUUUAAAUCAGAAGUCUCUCUCCCCCCAUUCCAACUCACAACAAAGUUUUCCCACCCCUCACUCCGGAGGAGAAGACACACCUAAACACACUCUGUCAUGCGAAGGACGGGGAAAUCCUCGAUUAUUAUUUUUUUAAUAAAGAGGUUGGAUUUCUAACAACUUUCCCUUACACCUGGAUAACUUUGUCCCCAAGAGAACAUGAUCCCCCCCCCUCCAGCUCCCCCCACCCGUAAAUAUAGACCCCUUUAUUCUAAGGAAGCGCUUUAAGAAAUUUACGAAAAGUGCCGGAGGGGGAGAGAGCGAGGAUUGAACUCUCGGAGUUGGCUGCGCUCGAUCUCCUUUCGCCUUGGCCGUUCCUUAAGCAAACAAACAAGACUUCGCCGCCUUCUCCACGGCCCCGCUCUCGCCCUCCAAAGCAUUUUAAUUUGGGGAGGGGGAGUACCAAAACAAACAGGCACCCCUGACUCGUGGGUCUUUGGCUCUACAGAGGGGGCAGUUAGUUGCCCUGGUCUUUAGGGCUUUGGAGAGGGCUCCCCACCCCCAACCUGGUCCAAACCCAGACCCUAAAUUUUGCCUCUUUCUCUGCAGGGAUUAAGGAGAUCAGUUUACAGACGGGUAAGUGUUAAUAAAUGCGUCUCCUUCCCCGCUAUUAAUUCCUGUGUUCCCUUCCAGGAACGCUUCUUCAAGCGUCUGGGUUUGUUUGUUUUUUAAAGGGGCCGUCUGGACCAUUCUGGAGAGAUAGGGGAAGCCUGGAGCAACCAGCGAGGCUUAACUGCGCGGUAACUGCCCCACUUCCAUAGUCAAGGGGUAGAGAAAGAUGGGGUCUCCCAUCUCCCCACACAUAUUUCAAGGCUUAAUGUCUGGGGGAGCGGAGUGGCAAAAUUUGGCUAGCAUGGAAUUGGGGAAGGGGUCUGUUAUUCCGGGGUAGGUGAUUCCAGAAUAAGAGAGCAAAAAGACUCCCCACCCCCCAAAAAAAAAUUAAAACCGCACUCCAGGCUUGCCUGAUCUCCCCAUCACCAAUCCUAACGUCCAGCAAUAACAUCUAUAGAUUAAAUUCUAGUGUUCCCCAUAUCUAUUACAGUAUAUUACACAUAUCUUUCAAAUACACUGGGGGUUUUUUCUUCUUCUAAAAACUGGGCUCGUGUUUCGGAAACCUGACUUCCUUACAUCCUUCAGAGAGGCUCGUUUUUUAAUUGUUUCUUGAAAAUAAAGUCACUACAUUUGCUAUCUGGCGAGGGAGGGGGGGCGAAAAGAAGAGAAAACAGGGAUUAAUAUUAAUCCAACAGCCACCUCCACCAGGCAGACUCUGUUUUCAUGGCACAGCUUCUGUUCCCAGGCUCAGCUGGCUGCCUUUCUCUCCCCCCCGCCACCGUCCCCACGCACACACGCCGGGGAGCCUGGAAACAUUCGCGCGCCAGCAGGACCCGACGCGCGCCAGCCGAGAUCGAACGCAGAUGGAGUCUCCUCGGGGCCGGGACCUGCCUAUUUUUCGCUCAGGAAAAAACACAACAACCCGGCGCCCGCGGAGGCAGGGGCGCGGAUAUAAAUAAACAAGAGGGGCUGCCCCCUAACUUUUUCUCUUCACAUCGCCCUACCCAAAUAUAACCCACCCUGGAGAAUUCUGCUGCGUGAUAAAGUCCCCCGGCAUCGCCAAAGUAUCCAUGAUGAAGGAUUUCGCCUUUCCUAAUAUUUUUCAAAGACAUGAGUCCCCCAUAUAUUCAUAUUUUUAAAGAGAGAAACAAAACGCAUCAUGGCAAAUAUAUUUUUCUGCAGCUCCAUUUUAAUAUAUUAUAUCGCAAUUUCACAUGUGCAUGUACAGUAUACUGUACAUGCACAUGUGAAAUUGCGAUGCGGGGGUAGAGAUGUUGGGAACUGCCUGCCUCUCUGGGUUUGCGGCAGAGGCUGCCGGCGGAACCAGACAGGUUUUUUCCCCUUUUUUUCUGGGGCUGUUACGGGAGGGAAGCACAGUCCUACGUUGGGCUCGUGCGCGCAUCUUGCGCGCCGGGCCAGGGACCUCCGCCUCCCGCGCUCCUCCGCGCGCGCGCCCGCCUUUGGAAGAGCCCCGGCGCUCUCCGGCUUCGCGCGCGGCGCUCCGGCGGCGGCUACCCGGGCCGCGCCGGAUGACAGCCGGCCGAGAAGGAGGAGGAGGAAGAAGGAGAGAGGAGGAGGCCGGCCCGGCCAUUGGGAGGCGAGUGGCAGGCACGCAGCCCCGGCCGCCGCAGAAAUACACACAGCGCGCGAGGCCAGAGAGGCGCCCCCCUCCCUCUCCGGCCCCGAUCCCGGGAGACGCGCCGCGGCAGGUGCCCAAAGCCUCGGGACCCGGCCGAUCUCUUUGGGGGGCGAGUUGCCCGAACAUAAGUCAGUCGUAAGCUGGCUUUUUGUCUGCCCCCGAGAAAAGACAAAAAAGGGAAUUUUGGGGGUGCGUGUUUUCUAUCCUCUGCAUGUUUCCUCGGGAGUAAGCCCCAUUGGGGAAACCCCUUCACCCCGGCGCGCAAUCCUAUAUAUACACGCUUUGGUGGGUUUCGGAGCGCCAGCCGGUUGCAUGUUUACUUGUGCUUGUUUAUUUAUAUUUGGGUCGCCCGGUGGAACAAACAAACAACCGUCCCCUCCUCCUCCUCCUCCUCCGCUUCUUUCCCUUCCCCGGCUGCCCUUGUGCGUUUAGCUCGCGCGCACGCGAGGCCCUGGUCGGUGGAGCGGCGCCAGGCGAGCGAGGCGAGCUGGCGUUAUCGAGCGCCCGAAAGGAAAGAGACUAGAGGGGGGAGAAGGAAAAAACAAAACACGUUUCGGGGAACCCAGUUUUGCAAAGUGAUUGAAAAUGAAAAUAAAAAUAAGAGGGUGGGGGAAAUUUGAAAAAUGCCUCCAUGGCCAAAAAAAUAUUAAGACCCGGUCACGAUGGGGCAAAGGCGGCCGCUGACUCUGUGAAUGGAAAGGACUCGGGGAAUAGAGGUGUCCUGCUCGGCUCGCCCGAUUAGCACAACCACCAGCUUCCCCCAGAGCUCUCUCGCGCUCUCCCUCCCUCCCCGCCAGCUUCCUUCCACGGGCAGCCCUUCCAAAAAAACAGCCCUUCCAAAAAAACGCGAUCCCGACACAACAAGCCACGAUCCUCGGCAAAACGCCCCGCGCCUCCUCGCCUUUCCAAAAUGAAACUGACAAGCGUCAAAACAGCCACCCUCUCUGCUCCCUGCAAGCAGAAAUUGACACGCUCAGGAGAGAGAGGCAGGCAGGCAGCAAACCCCGCCGGGGAGACUGACAAGGCUUAAGAGCCAAGCAUGGCUUUUCCCCCCUCCUGGUGGCUCUGGGCGAUUGGAGAGCAGGGGGAGCCCUCUGCGCGCCCGCCCGCCCGCCUGCCUUCCACCUGCCGCGCCAGGGAGAAGGAAAGAGAGGGGACACACACACAUACAACGCGAGAAACAGACCCCCCUUUGCAAAAGCACCGGCGCCGAACGGGACCAGAGCCUUCCCCCCCACCUCCAGCCACCUCCCCCUCCUUGCUCAAGAAAGCCCCCGAUUUCCAGGCAACAAAAAAGGUGGCAAUGGGAUGGAUGGAAAUGAAAGAGGCGCAGCGCGCUACGGAGCCCUGGCACCGCCUCCAGCAUCUUGGCUGCCUUGCUAUUGUUAUUGCUCUAAAUAUUAUUAUGGUUAUUAUUCUGGUUAUUAUUAAUCAUCCUCAUCCAAAGAGGCACGGCGCAGGCAGCAGCAGCAGCAGCCCGGACAGCGGCAGCAAUGCAAAGCAGCGAGCGAGAGCGAAUCACCUGGUCUCCGCGCUUUCCUAGAAACUCCUUGCAUCACCACUUCUAAGAACCCCAGUUCUAAGAAUCAACACAGCUCAAUUCUCGGAAUUUGAGCGGCAGGCGCUACCAUCGUAGGCAGCCCGGGGAGGAUCCCGGGGAAGGGCUUUCUGCCAGGAGGGGCCAAAGGGGGCCCGGAACCCACUCGGGAGCACCCCCGAGCUUGUAGAGAGACUAAUGGAAAGGGUCUCCAAGGAGACCCCCGGGAAAAAACUUGCGGGAAGGGGCCAGGAGGCAGGUGCGGGGCCCGGGCCCCCCCGUCACCAGUGGUAGGCUCCUCUCUGGCAGUCACGUGGGGACCUUGCCUACCGUGACGUCAGGGAUCGGCCUCAAUACAAUGUUGCAGAGUUCUAUUCGCUUUCCUCCCCCUCCCUCCCUCCCGCCCGCCUCCCCCCGCUGGAAUUCUGAGAACUAAUUUGCUUGGCGGUGACAUAAGAGAAAUCCGGGGAUCCGGGGCGAAUUCCAUUUCGCAGCUUCGGUUCCCACCCCCCCCAUCCCAGCAUCUCUUUAAGGGGAGAAAAAAAAAGCUUUAACAAUCCCCCCCCCCCGUUCCAAAGGCUUUUGCAUUUGCUUUUCAGGUCCUAAGCAGAGAGAGAAAGAGAGAGGGAGAGAGACCCAAAACAUGGUGAUAAUAAUAUGCAGCUUUUGAUGGGGGGGGGGUUGCUUUGACUUUUUGCUUUUUCUCUCCCCCCCCCCCACCGCCGCCAGCAAUAUUCAGUAGGAAAGGGGAGAAAAAGAAACGAGAGCAGGAGGAGGGCAAAGAGAAAUCCUCGUUGCGCCGCAGGCGCUGGUGAGGGUGAAGAAUUGGAGUAAGGUUCGUAUUUUUAAAAAACUGAAAAAGGAAGAAGGGGGGGCAGACCUGCAGUUUUUCGGGCUGAGAGCGAGGAAGAAGGAGGAGAAGCCCGUUCAGAAAUAAGACACUUUUGUUUUUUGUUUUGUUUUGUUUUUCUUCUUUGCUUUCCUGGGGAAUUUUGUGUGUGUGCGUUCGUGCAAAUACCUUGUCUUUUUUAAAAAAAAAAUUAUCGACAGUGCGUUUGUGGAACGUUCCUUUCAAGCCAGACCUGGGACUUGCUUUUUGCUUUUUUGGAAAACAUCUCCUCUGGGCUCUUGUGAUUUCAGAGAAGAGGGAGGAUUCGCUGCUGGAGAAACAAGGUCGUGGUUUGUUUGUGGAUUCUUGUUUUUGUUUUUCCGUUCUAGAUACUUUUUCUAGAAGUUUUUCAGUUUUGUGGGGUUCCCCUCCGCUGCAAGUGGCUCUCCUAUAAAUCGAGGACUCUUGAUCAAACUCAAUUUGCUGGGAGGACUCACUCGGCUUAUUUUUCUGAAGGAUUCUGGCGUGGUGGUUCGGUUCUGGGACGCUUCACUUUUCCCCUAUCCCCUGUUCAGAUUGUGGGCCUUCGGGGGCUCCCAAAUGGACCAGCUCCUUUCACUCCUUUGCAGUGGGGAAGGCAAGAGGAAAAGUUGCAGAAGCAGCCCACUUUGCUUAUCGUGGAACCGCAAGCGGGCCUUUCAGCACCCACGCCUGGGUUGCAGCUGUGGGGUGGGCAGCUGGGUGACGGGGGAGGGGAGAUCCAUACCCCCUUGUGCCCUGCAGGCUGGGUCAUAGCAGAUCUCUGGCUUUGAAGGGGAGUUGUGUGUGUUUGGGGGGGGGGAGUGUUCCAUCUGGAGCAAAUGUAAAAUGAAACCAGGGUUUGGGAAUCCCUGGCUGUCAAAACAGUUUUCUGCCUCGAAAGCUUGUCCUUGAUUAGAAAUGAGAGCAGUUUAAUGUGGAUCGUUCUGCGUGCUCCAGAGUCUCUGCAAAGCCUUUAUUUUAAAAUUAUUGCUAGGAAUUUUUUUUUGGGGGGGGGGGAUUAUUUGUUCGCUUUGUAGCAUUUCAGAACUGCGGGUGUGUUUGUGUGAAAAGGCCUCCCUUCUUUUUAACUGUUGAAGGAGACUUUAGACCUGGAAACAUGUGUGGCCUGUUGGGUUUUAUCAAGCUAAAUAGAUUGUAAAUAUAUAUAUGUAUCUCUGCAUGGCCUGGGAGGGGGCAUGGAGGGGGAAGACGGUUUGCCGAAACUUUGAGGAUAAAAGGUGGUGUUGUUCUUGUUUUGGAACUUAUGACGAUGCAGAUGUCUUUCCGACUUUCACUGUAUCAGGGCCUAACCAGCAUGCUGUCCUAUCAAGCGGAGUUCUCAAUUAUUUGUUUAUUUAAUGAUAAUAAACCUCUAAUUGUUAUGAGAUUGGGGGAGGAUCUAUAAAUAGCUUAGUGACUCUUUCUCUCUUAAACUCUCCCCCCCCCCUUUGACAGAAGGGGGAGGGGAAGAGAAUCAAGGAAGCUCGAUAAACUAUGAAUGGGAAUUUGUUUACAACAAUCUCUCCAAGUUUGAAUCACAGCACAGUCACACUGGCUAAUCAGAUUGCUUAGGGAAACUGAUUAAAUGACAUGCAAAUUGUUUGAAACACUCAGCUGUAACUUCAGUGUGUGUGUUUAAUUCUCAGUAUAAAUAUUGCAUAGAUCCUCUCAGAUCUUUGAGAAAGGAAGAAAUACGCAUGAUUUGGGGGUUAUGCACCUUCCAACGAUUAAUGGCUUGCAGAGAAUUCAGACUUUGAAUGCAGUUUAAGAAAAAUUGCAAUUCAGGAACAUGGAUUUAUCUCAUUUUGUCGAUUGCAGAGCAAAGGGCACAAUGUUUUGGUGGAUGUCUGCAAAUAGAGCCAUAAAUCAGAGGGACGAUUUGUCCUUGCAUUUGUUUGCUUGUGUGCAGAUAGAUAACAACUAUAGUUACAAGUCAUUAUUUUCCUGAAAAUAAAAAUCUAUAUUUUCCUGAAAUUUAAAUCUCUCGAGUUUGAGGCAGUAAAUGGGCUGUUUGAACGGUUUGACAUUGACCACCUUAAUGCUUUAGCACAAUCGCACUUUGAAGGGGGAGACAAAAUUCCUAUUGUGUUUCCUUGGAGUAUGAAAACUCGUUUCAAAUUCAUUAUUGCGAACCAUGCUCCCACCCACUAGAUGACAGGAUGUCAGCCAAUACAGAGCCAAAAAGAAUAUAAAUGCAUAUGUGUGUUGUAAAUAAUGGACCAAACUGGCUGAAAUUAUUUACUUGGAUGUCUGCCUGCGCCCCAAGUAAAAUGGACCUCAAGGCUUUGAGUGCGCCUCCUAUUUGCACUCCUCCCUGUGUGCCAUCGUCUGCCCGCAGCCUAAUAUUUCCUCCCUAUAGGCUGAUUUUAAGUGGGGAAGAAAUGUAUUAUUCUUCAAAGCCAUUCCCCUUCAGAGGUCAGAGGGUAGUGUUCCUAAAGUAGCCAGAGGGGGCACUGCAGAGCAGGAGGAAGAAGCCAUGAAUCGCCUUUGCAAAUUCCCAGCUGGGUUUCAAGCGCUGUUCUCAAGGGACCAGAUUCCUCCCCCUGCCCCCCCCCAAGCCCAUCAACCCUGCAAAGCGAGCGUCUUUUAGCAAGUGCACACAAACACACACAUUGCACCUGCUUCCAUGUUUUUAAAGCCUCGGUAGAGAGGCCCUGAGAAAAGGAUUUGGGUAGGAAGAUUUGGUAUUGUUUCUUUGCAAUAGCCCCUCUGUGCAAAAGAGAAAAGAAUGGGGAGGAAUAUCUGAUUUUGCCAUUUUCCCCAUCACUUGCUUUGAAGUCCCAGUGUUUGCAAAUAUCCCUGCAAGGUGUCGUCUCCAUAAGGAUCUGUCAGGGAUGCUUUAGCUGAGAUCCCUGCAUUGCAUUGGGGCUGGACUAGAUGACUCUUAGGGUCCCUCCCAACUGUACGGUUCUAUGAUUCUAAGUAUCUGGGAGGGUCCCCAUCUUUGUUACACCCCAUUCCCCACUUUGAAAGCGGAACCUGCCGUUUUUAAUAUGGGACUCGCGAGACUGAAUGCCCUCACACAGUUGACUGCAAGGGGUAAUUGUCUUACCGAGAUGAACAACAUUGAGAGCCCUGGAAAGGCACAAUAUAAAUGCAAAGGAAAGUGUAUAUGGGGUAAAAAGGUAUAGCCUUGAUCGAUAGGUGGCUAUGGAAUUCGACCACCCACCAUGCAUACUGGAGAUGAGGGAGAAAUUCAGUUCGGUUUUGCAUUUAAAGGCAAACCGACCUAAUUCACACUUUCUCUGAAUAAUAAGCAAACCGAAAAGUGGAAGUAUCCUUCAAAAUUUGCACUUUUCUGAAUUUUGCAAGGCAGUUCUACAGUCGAGUAAUGUGUACGGAAAUGCAUAUCCUGGGGCAAAGUAUGCAUUAAAGGCAUACAUUACUGGCUUUUUUCUUUCUUAAAGAAAUCAUAACAUUCUUUUCAGUAGUAGCAAAAGAGAAAAAUCAUGGACAACUCUGGCACGAUGCAAUGCAACAGAAUUACAGACAAUAUUAAGUCUGCUAUACACCAAACUAAGUCACUAAUAUUUUCAAAUAAAACUGCCAUGAAGAUGACUGAAUCACUGGAGGCUCUCUAAACUCACCUCCACCAUUAAUAAACUUUAAGAAGGGAUAUUAUUCUUUAUCAAACAAGCUGAGUUCAGUCUCCCCUUGAAUUACUCAGCAGUGGUUAAAUGUUUCAAGAGAUGUUUCGAUGUUUCGAGAGAGCUAUACCUCAUGCACUGUUAUAACAAAUCUCUUUUACAUUAUAUUGUAAAUUACACUGUGAUCUUCAGAUGAAGGGCGGUAUAGAAAGUUAGUUAGUUAGUUAGUUAGUUAGUUAGUUAGUUAAUGUUGGCAUUUGCCCUUUAGAUUUCCAGUCCUUGUCUCACAGAAACUAACAGCAGAACUGUCUGAGUCUUACAUGAUACUGCAGGAUGUAUAGGAGGGAAAUGUUUUUGCAAAAAAAUAUGUUUAUUAGGCAGACCUUCAUGCACAAUUGUGUAUAUUAGGAGAUAUUUGCAGUGGCGAUGAAUAUUUAUGAAAACUUUGAAAAGUGUUUUUUUAAAAAAUAAAAACUGAUAUGGAAACGUGAACUGAAUUUAACAUUGGCAAAAAAUGAGAAACUGAAGGAAACUGAAACUGACCAUUUUGCCCACCCACCCCUCCUGAAAUAUAAUCAAUAAGGUCCCUUAUAUUUUUUAAAUCUUAGUUCUGUCUCCAGCUGGUUCAUCUAUAUAUUUUCAUCCAGCUCUCACUGUGGAUCCUGCCCUCUCCAUCAAUUUUCCUUCAUGCAGCUGAGGAGGGAAUUUAGCUUUCACUCCAGGACCCUGCCGGAUAAGUCACUGAUUUUCCCAUAUAAGUGAAUGGAGGGGCUUUUGUUUCAUCUGAGAGCAAUCAGGAGAGAAUGGGGUGUAGGACAUCCACUGUGGCCAGCGGGGAUGGGUUGGCUCUGCGUGCAGGAAAAAACCCACAACAACAACAACAUCAUCAACAAGUGGGCAUCUGCUUUGCAUUUGGGUUGGAGCUGCUAUUUCUGAUCGGAUGAAAAUUAAAAAGGGCAUAUUUGAGCCUUGGCUUCCCAGCCAAAUGGCUCAUUCCUGCCUGCCCACUCCCUGGCCUCGCAUUCGGAGAAGUUAGCCUGCUGUUUCCCUUCCUGGAAAAGCUCUGUGCAGGGAUGGCACAAAACAUUUUAGCCAUUUAAUUGUCGUGCUCUUAAGUGACCGUUCGAUGAGCCGUCAGGUUAAAAUGUACGUUGCAGGACCCCAGCAAGCACCCUCAAAAUAACCCUCCUCCCCAAAGCUUUACUGAUCCAGCAAAUGACUUAAACGCAGGAGCGUUCGAUGAUGCUGUUGAGACGUGAGCAUGUUUACUUGGAAGUAAAUCCCAAUGAUUUCAAUGUGCCUUGGAGGAGCUUAGCCAGAGUGCUGCUUCUCGGAGCAGAUUUACACUCAAAUUCAUCCCUUUAAAUAAGCUGACAUCCUGUCACUAAACUUGUUUUUUUCGAUUGGAGGAAUUAAGCAAAUGAUGUGUCCUCUGAAGGAUGGUGCCUAAAUCACCAAAAAGGCACAGAUAAUUUGUAACGAUGGCCCAGUCAUGGGAUCUUUUCCCAAGGGGACUGAAGCACAGAUUAUGAAAUCCACAUUUUAAAGUCACGAUUGAUUCUUACGGAACAAUUCUGUUAUGCUUUUGCAACUGCAAAUAAUUUCUAUUUUGAUACAGUGGUACCUCGGGUUACAGACGCUUCAGGUUACAGACUCCGCUAACCCAGAAAUAGUACUUCGGGUUAAGAACUUUGCUUCAGGAUGAGAACAGAAAUCGCACGGUGGCAAUGGGAGGUCCCAUUAGCUAAAGUGGUGCUUCAGGUUAAGAACAGUUUCAGGUUAAGAACAAACCUCCAGAACGAAUUAAGUUCUUCGCCCGAGGUACCACUGUACAUUCUCUUGUUUCCCCUCACCCAAAUUGUAUGGUACAGAUGGAGCAGAUCUUUAGCUUGAUGAUCUCCGGGUGAAUAACUGAUGGAGUCCAUUUUGCAUGCCACAGUGCCUCCAAAAACUGAGAGCAGGGACAUUGGGAGGGGCAAACAAGAGAAACCAUGCGACUGUCUAGAACUCAAAAGAAGUGUUUGCAAAUCUCCAAACUUCAAUCAAGUCCCAAAUUGGAAUCUCCGGCAUUAGAAAUCUGAAUGUGAAGCUUUUCAAAAUUGGAAACCCUAGCCUUGUGGGUGUCUUGCCGGUUGCACUGGCAGGCAUGAAAUGUGAAAUCCCGUAAGCUGUCAGCUGUCAAGUGCUAAAUGCUGGGCCUUGCUCUCCUAACAAACAGCAUCGCUUGUCAGCUAUCAAACAGUGUCGACUGGCAGUCAUCAAAAGGUUUGGGAUCAAAUAAUCACGAGGCUGGUUUCAAUGCAAGUUAAGAAAUAUCUAGUGAAUAUUGCAUGGCAAAUAUUCGAGCAUUCAGGGAAGAGUUAGCAGCCGUUUUGUUCGGGCUGCACUUUUGGAAACAGCAAGCCUGUUUUGGCUCUACGGCCGUCCCAAACCCGACGAAGGCUGUUCAGUGAUCUCACAAGUCCAAGAGGAACUGGCCUUAGAUAGGGUGAUCUCCGAGACCCUGAAGGAAAGCUGCCGAAUUUAUUCCUCGGUUUUCUUCCUGGUUCUUCACCACAUGGUUUAAGGGCAGGAGCAACAAUAGAAUAAUGUGCAGUUCUAGGGAGCAGAAUGAGUCCAGUUCCAAAAUAAAGCAAAGCCCUUCCAAAUGGAGCAGGACAGCUCACGGGAAAUUAAACCGGUUGCAUGUUUGUGUUGUGUUGACUGCUGUCCUGUCCUUGGUUGUGACGGAUGCACACCUUUCACUCUCUGAGGUGGAGGCCUGACAGCAAGGCCCAUGGGGUAACGUGACAGCUGUCAUUACAUGCAAUCAACCCUACCUUCCGUAGCAGGACAUAAUGGAACUUGCAAUAUGUUUCUUCUUCUUUUUCUCCUUCCUAUUUUCAAAAUUAACCUCCACCUAUGUUCCUCACUCUUUCCCCCCACGAAAGCGAGAGAAGAAUGCGUAUUUUAAUAACCCAAUUACAUCUUCAAUUGCAACAAUUUUUGGGAGGGGAAGCAUUAACCUAUUCAGGGAACACGGGCUCAUAAACUAGGUUGAUAAGUUGCCCUGUAGCACAUCUCCACUGUGGUUUAUAGACCCUCAAAGUGAUUUAUGUGAUGCACAGAGGGAAAGGAGAUUUUCAUCUCUUCCAGACCACAAAAAUUAUUUAUGGGAAAUUAUCUCUGGAAUUUUAAUCCAUGCAUUUUUUUAAAAUUUAAAACUUUGAUUUAUAUCCCACUUUUAGAAGCCAAGGCAAUGUACAAGGGGUUCCCCAGAAGUCUCCCACCUGGAUUAUGGCAAGAAGACAUGUUUAGCAUCUGCAAUGAGGUAGCCUCAUGAGUCUUCGGAUCAUGUAUUAUUAUUACUAUUAUUAUUAUUUCUGCGGAUACUCAAAGGUAUGCAGUACUGGCACCAUUAUAUCUGGAAGAGAAGCACUGGUUAAAAAUGUGGCACUGACAGUAACGGCGAGUACCAGUACCAUUUUUUCUAGAAGAAAAGCACUGGUGGUUACUAUCCAAAGAUAUAUAAUAAGGAAUGUGAGUGCAUAGGUGAAACCGAUAGUCAUUCCUGACUGAUUAACCCAGAUUAAGAACAGAGUGGGCAUAUUCCACGCAUAUUAUCUGGUGGAUAUAAAACCCAUCUGCCUUUGUCCUUGCACUGGUGAAUAUUAUGGGCUACAUUUUAAUGGUGUCAGGUUGUUGUUUUUUUAAAAAAAAUUGAACGUUUCCUCUUUUUCUGCUUCUCAUGAGGCCACAAAAUGCGAAGAAGGGCACCCACCCUUGUUAUCCCCCUCCAUCCCUCGAUAUGCCAAAACAAUGUAACUAUUGCACUACCGGAUUUGUACUAGCUGCCUCUUGAGCAUCCUAGCCAAAAUGUGGAUUGUUUGCACAUUAGGGAGAGCCCUGUUGCCUGCUAUUUGUCCAAUUAGUGAGCACUUCAGCCUUAUUUUGCAUUCAAUCUAGCCUCCUUCUUUUUCCUCCUCCUCUUCUUCUUCUUUUAAAAAAGUUUGAGGCUGGGUGGCGGCUUUCUGUACAGCCCCUAUGCUAUUUCCAGGUCUGACAUAUAAUUUUCUCCUGCUACUACCUUUCUUAUUUGUUUGUUCCCAAGCGUCGGUAUAAUUCACAGCAGACUGCAUGAGGUGUCCCAAGAUCUUAUCUCCCUGAUGUUCAGUUUUUAACUGCCUGCUUGCUUGCUUGCUUGCUUGCUUGCUUGCUUAAUGUACAUAAACAUCACAUGGCCGUAUGAUUUUUAUUUUUUUUAAUAUUAUGUGUCUUCUGGUUUUAUAGCAUCAGCAAUGCAUGUAACCAAGCUGCUAGGGUUUGCUUUUCUGCUCCUUGCCUGGACUACAGAUGCACUUAAAUAAUUAGCUGAGAGCAAGCCUCCAAUUGAUCUCCAAAACAGCAUUCUAGUCUAUAACACCAGUGACGGCAGAAUUGUUUUGAGAUGGGUGAUGCACUAAAGCUGAACUUUUGCAAAAGCACCAUAUUGUGUUCCUUCGUAUGAUGCAGCCCAAACUUUUCCAGGCCCCUUGUUCCCAUAAGCUCAUCUCCUCGUGCCCCUUACCCAACUCUAUAAAAGGCAUUAUUCAGAACAGCAGUUUGCACAACUCACUAAGCAAUACAAUUCAAAAACAGUAACAAUUAAUUGCACGGUUAUCCAAAAUCCAAUUAAAACUAAUUUGUUUAAUUCAACAAAAUUGAUGAUCCAACUUUUCUGAUAGUCAUUUAUACCUCCGGGACCGCCCCCCCCUUGCCUCUUAACAUCACCUAGGUAACUACCACCCAAUUUGGUAACCAGUGUUUUAGAUCAUUUAAACGAGUGGACUGGCUGAUUUAGAUACAUCCACCAUUGCUUAACCUGGUGCUGAGUCUAAAGCUGGGAUAGAGAAGAUCUGUAUGCCUUCAGAGCUUCUUGCAGGGAUGCAAAUGUUCCCACCCCAGAUCCUAUAGCCCUUGGGCAGGGGACAGACCUUAGGAUCACUGCAGGGGACAACCUGGGUGCUGAAUUUAGGACUUAAUACAUGUAGAACUUUGCAUCUCCAAACAGAACCCUUCCUAUGAGCAGACCCAGGGCCACAUUUAGGUUUGAUGAGGCCCUCACCUACUGAAGGUAAUGGGGCCCUUUCUAUGUCCAGCUGUCCUUUGUCAACAACAAAUUGCCACUGUUUUUUGUGUUGAAUGUAUGCUAUAUGGUAAUUUAUGGACCUCAUAGGAGCCUACACAACACAAAACACUGUUGCUAUAUGUAGGUUUUAUUUUAUUCGUCUUUUAUCUUGGAAAUGUACAUCCAGGGGUUUUUUUUCUUCCUUUAAUUUUUUGGGGGACCCCCAAGAGAGUGGGGCCCUAAGCUAGAGCUUGUUUAGUUUAUAUGUGAAUCUGGCACUGAACAGACCCCAUCGUUUUCUUCCCCUAAGAGCAUGCAUGUGUCACAAACGCCUUUCUGCAACGAGAGGCGUGGUUUGAGCAUUCCUGGAAGUUAGGCUUUUUAAACCAGAAAACCCUUUGCUACCUCAGAGGUGAGGAAGCUAAUUGUGGCUGCUUCGUGGCGACAAUCCCUUAAAAGCUUUUGUUUAUUAGGCGUGACGGCUUUUUUUUUUUUUUUUUUUAAAAAGGACUUCCAUUUGCAGAGGCUAUAUACCUCCAAAUGCCAAACGCUCAAGCACAAAUAUUGGGGAGGGGGCAUUCUGAGGGCCCCACACCCUGCUGGUGGAGAAUCUGCUUGGGCAGAAGAUGCUGGAUUCGGUGGGCAAAUGGCCUGAUCCAGAAUGAGCCUUCGGUUUUUCCUAUGAAGGAAAGGCACAGUCCUCUCCAUCUCUCCAACUGAACUUUGGUAAUGAUCCAUCCUGGGUGAAGUUCCACAUGGAGUAUUACGAUCUGGGAGGAUGUAGGCAGAUUUAUAUAAAGAAAUUUCUGCUAUUAGAGGCCAGCCAUUUGUCCUGAAUGAUCUGUGCUUUAAGUGCCUUAUUUUCCCGUCUAUAAGACGCCCCCAUGUAUAAGACUCCCCUUAUUUUUUGGGACUCCGAUUUAAGAAAAUGGGGGGAGAUACUAUCCGUGUAUAAGACGAGCCCAGAUUUUGAGCAUUAUUGUAGAGUUAAAAAAAACCACAUAGUCUUAUACAUGGAAAAGUACGGUAUAUCGCCAGGGUGAAUAUUCCAUCACCGCCUCAUUUCCCCCUCUUUCAUUUCCCCCUCUCUGGUUGUUUGGACAAAUGUAGGAAUACAUUUAAGCUUAACCAUUUGGACCGCUGGUAUUCAAAGGUUUGGCAAAUUGCCCUUCUGGAAAAGAUAUCUCAGAAACUGAAAGUAUCUAAAGAACUUGAUGGCAUGAUUUUAUUCCAUAUACAAAUACUGAGGCACUAAGUGGUACUGCCAGCAUAUACAAAGGUCUGGCUCAUUUAAGACGAGAUAGAACCUUUAUUCUCGAUGGGACUCACACCAGUGGAGAAUGCUUUUAUUUUAUAAAUCUUUAUUAUUUGCGAAGGGAAUCUUUGCACGAGUUAAUAUAUUAUUAUUUAUUCGGAGCUUCCCUGUACCUUUGUGCCCUUUCAGACUGUGACGCUUUGUGGUUUAAAUGUCUGAUUUUUUGUUUUUCUUCUUCUUCUUUUUGUUAUGUUUGCCCUUUGUUCAUAAAUCAAUAAAAGAAAAUAAAUCCAGAAUAUUAA